GUAAACUAGGUCAUGUUUGCGCGGGAUCUGGUCCACCUGAAGUACACACCUGAGGCUCAAAACGAGGCUCUUAUGGUCAGUUUCACUUGCUGAAUUAAUGUCGCUGUCCCCAAGGAACGCUUCACGUUGACCUACCAAACCAUGGUGCUCCCCAGGGACGUGAACCCGGCGCCUUUGCUGGACUGGUGUAUUGUUGUCGUGCUUCUGGGAACGCUAAGCUCAGCCACCGGCCAAGUAUUCGACCCCAGCCGCGACUGUUACGAUUACACUGACGUCAACAAUGUGGACCUGGUGGGGGACAGGUGCGCUGAGGACCAGCACUGUUGUGGUACGUGUUUCCUCAGGUACUGCUGUACCUCUCCUAACUACGGCAUGAACUGGCAGCAGCAGUGUCUCAACAACAGAUUAGCCAUGUCAUAUCCUACAAAGGGUCCGUACUACCUUCAGCCGUCAGUGCUGGCCGGGGUGAUAGCGGCGUCUGUGGUCGGCGGCAUCAUCCUCAUCACCGGCGUUGUCAUCGUAGUGAUGUGGAGAAAUCAAGUGGCUUGCUUCGACAGGGAACGAUGAUAGACCUUUCUUUGGAGACACUGGGAGACAGGGUGCAAUUUUGUGAUAAAAUUUUUUUAUUUUAUCCUUGGACUUGCUCCCGAUAACUCGGCUGUCUCCGAAGUCAAACACACUAUUACUCAAGGCAAUGUCAGUGGAGCAUACCAGAAAAUCAUACUCGGGGUGGAUGGAGAGAGAGAUAUUUUAUUUUUAUGUAAUGUUGGGCAAGUCUGGGUGCCCUUUGUGGGCAAAACUACCUGGGAUUAUUUUAACCAAAUAACCAAUUUAUUUUACACAAUAAAAAUAGCCCCUAUCUGAUUAUUUCUCCACCCCUCAAGUAAACCGGUAGACUAACAUUUUGAGAUGAUUUGCUUUUGACACAUCACGAGACAAGGCCCCCUGAGAUUUUCACGAAGAAAAAGUUCCCAAUUAUAUUUCGUCCAGUGGCAUGGGUAAUGAUGUUUCUAAUCUUAUAUCAUAAGAAACCUUUAUUUUACUAGAAGUUAGAAGUUGUUUUAUCACUUAUAAUAACAUACAAGAGUAUUUCAGACGGGUCUUAUAUCGACUCAUUGAGCUGAUUUAAAUUAUAUUGCAAGAGAGAAAUGGUGCUUAAUUGUUAAAACACGUUCACUUGUGAUACGUAUACGUGAUGAAUGUCCACAGGGAUAGUGACAGUAUUAUCUUUUCAUUUUGUAUAUUUCAAUGUCAAUCAUAGCCAUCGUGUACUUUGCAAAUGUUGCAUACGAACAAAGCUUACAAAGACUUUGCAACUAAUACUCGCAAAAAUGAGAAAAUAAACGAACGUGAAAUAUUGUAGCCAUAACACAUGAUAUUGUUUAGUUUUUCUAGAAUCAACGUGGGGUAAGAAACUGUAGUUGCAGGUGUAACAGGAAUGAAAGUCAGCUAGGAA